UCGGAGGACAAUGGACAGAACUUAACGAGGGGCUGGAGUCUGGUUUCUGCUGAACAGGAGAACAAUGGAGAGCAGUUCUACCCGGUGGUUAGUCCGGGAUGUCAUCAGGAAUAAUCUCCCACAAACAAACACCAAACCGGCAAGACACAUGAGCUGGGACACUUUAUGUAUGCUUUCAGUUGGACCUAUAGUCUCUGUUUCUAUAGAAAAAACACACACACACACACACACACACACACACACACACACACACACACACACACACACACACACACCUGUAGGGGGUAUCCUGGUCACAUGAUCUAAGUGGACGUUAAAACGGAGCCCAGAGUAAGGACCCUCUCAUCCUGAACACUGAUCUGAUCCACAUCAUACCUACAGGACGCUCUGUACAGUACACUGCCUGAGACUCCUUUAGGCUACACUACAACUACCACAGACUCCUACUGCAGUACGGACUACUGUUAACUUGUGUACCACUGUAGUACGGACUUUAACACAGCCUGAGGACCUCAAUCGAAAAUUUGCAUCAUACAAGAUGACCUCCAGACCCCCUGCCGUGUGGCUGCUGCUGCUGGCUGCUGUGCUGGGCCGCGUCAGGGAGGGGCGGGGCUUCUCCAACGGCUCGGUGGCCUCCUCCUGUGAGACGCUGCUCCCGGGCCACCACCCCUACAACGCCUCCACCCUGGCCUCGCCCUACACCGUGUCGGCCUCCGCCUCCACCUACCGCCCUGGCGACAGCAUCACUGUAACCAUGGAGAUGGCGUCCAACGGCUCCAUACCUUUCCAGGGGUUCAUCCUACAGGCUAUGAGCCGCGCGGGACAAGAGGGUUGGCCGGUGGGCUGCUUCACCAACAUCAACACCAGCCUCACCAACACCCUCCGCUGCAGAGGCAUGCAGAACUCGUCGAUCAGUCAUUCUUCACCAACAAAGAAACAAAGGCUCCAGGUGACCUGGGAGGCCCCUAGUAACAGUAGCUCUGGAGACAUUUACUUCUGCGCCUCCUUCGUCCAGACCUACUCCACCUUCUGGGUGAAGGUGACCAGCGGAGAUGUGAGACUGGACAGCUCGGUGAACAGGAUCCCUGCUGGGAGCAUGGUCAGGAGACGUCAUGACAUCAUGAUGACAUCAUUACACACAGCCAAAAGCAUAAUUACCCGCACCAAAGGAUGAACAACUAAUUAACACCGCACUCCUCCUGACCGCACUCUCCCUGGGGUGGGGCGGCCUGUCGCCCUGAGCACCCUGUCAGCAUGACCCUAUUAGCAGCACCUUGCUAGCAGCACCCUGUCAGUCUCCC